CGAACUUAAUUUUGGGUUCUAAACUUCGAAUGUUCGCAAAGUUGUGCAAGCGUGUUUGUUUUGAUUGCAAAAGCCGCGCGCGUAAAAAAUCGUAAAAAGUCGUUCGCUUCCGUUACAAAUUUUUUAUUUAAAUCUAGAAAAUUGUGCAAUAUAUCAAUUACCUAUCCAUACUGUAUCAUUUGAAAAAAUGUCUUUGUCCAAGUCUGGUGUGUACAAAACCGUGCUGCUUCGGAAAGCUACCCAGGCGUAUGACGACUCGCGAGAAUCGGAUGCUAUAUUUUACUCGACCCAGGCCCUCUGCUAUGACUUCCAUGCCAAGUUUGAUGCCGAAAGUCGCAGACUGACCACCCGCGAUGUGGAUUUAACGAAGCUGCUCGACGAUUUGAUUCUUCCAGCCGAUGCUAAAGAGCCAGAUCCUGUGGAAGGGUUCAAUCAGUUGCGAGACCGAUGUCAGCAACUACCGGAACAGUGGACCGUUCUGCAGAUCAAUAAAUCCUACACGCCUCGGUGGAAUUUGCUCACCCAUAACGGAAUGCUUGAGGAAAGUACCUCUGUCGAUAUAACCCUUUUAAGUUAUUCAAAUUCGGAAGUUCUGGAUGGUAAACCGCUGAUGGUUCGUUUGGAACCUCCUGAGGAAAAAGAUUUCUUCCCUCUGGUUUCCUCGAUUCCUGUUCGAGUCAAAAGUACCAUUACCCAAGAGAUAAAUUCUGGCGAUAGAAAGCAAGACGAGAUUGAAUCUUUUAUCGAAAACGUUAUAGAACGUCUCACUGCCUGGCUAGGGCCUUGGAUAGCUCUUCUGAGUGGCAAAUUUAUAAGUCCCAAAGAUCAGCAAUUCGAGGCAGAAAUCUUUAAUCGCGUUGAGGAUUUCUGUAUUGUUCAUAAUAGAUCUAAACGAGAUCAGGUUCUAAUUUCAUUGAUCGCUCGUAGAUUAGAUAUUCUGAAAAGCGAAAGUAUCUACCAGUUCUGUUGCCACAUUGCAAACGACCGGGAUGAUCUCCGAGAAAUGUACAAUUUUCUGACCAAACUGAAAGCGAGUAAAUUUGAACCAGAUCGUCAUUUAAACUGCUACCCGUGUCUGCUUCUGGUGGAUGAGCUUCUUGACGGAUAUCCAUGGGAGAUGAUGAACACCCAGCAAGAAUUCACUCGACUGGGCUCAUUCCGGAUGCUGUGGCAACUGUACGAAACGCACAAACAUUCUAUCAAAAACGGCUAUCUGCGAGUACAAACUAAAACAUGCCACAGUAUCAUAAAUCCGGACAAAAAUCUGGAGAAAAUGAGUGUUCGAUUGCAAACGUUUUACAAGGAGUGGUUUCCGGAUUUCAAACUUAUCGUGGAUCAGCCACCGACCAAUUUGGAGUUUUCUCACAUCCUUACCGAAGCAGAUGUACUGAUCUACAAUGGUCAUGGUAGUGGGUUGCAGUUUGUUGAAGGAGAUGCCAUUUUACAGUGCAACAUCAAGAGCGUGGUGUUUCUGUUCGGUUGUGAUUCGGUACGGUUGUUUCCGCGCGGUUUAUUUCGAGAGAUGACGGGUAGCCAUCUGUACUACAAUGUUGCCAGAUGCCCGGUUGUAGUGGGCGCGUUGUGGGUAAUGACCGAUUUCUAUACGGACUAUUACUCGAUCCUGCUGGUUGGAAGCUGGAUUUCGACGGAAAAAUCGAAAAACGAAAUGCAAUCGGUUUUCGAUUUGGAUCCGCACGCGUUCAAGCAUGGGACUUUGCAAAUAAAGCAGCUAUCACCGGACAAUGGCGAUGAAAAUCUGUUGGCAAUAAUGGCAGAUAUGCGUCGGAGAAAGCUUUUCAAAAAACGCAUCAGCUGUGCCAUGGUCUGUCGGGGGCUUCCGGCCAUCAAUGCUUGCUUCGUAUUCUGAACAAUUUAUUCAUUCCUGAGUCUAAGACUUUGUUAGUAAUCUAUAUACAUAUAAAUAUGAGUACCAUAAUUCUUUUUGAAAUUUUGUAUGUUAUACAUAGAACCGAAAGUAUUGCCAAAAAAUGCUUUGAAACAGUCUUUUUUUCUCUCUUGGUUUAACUGUGUCAACCAUAAAUCGAUAAGACUGAAGGUAAGUUUUAAAAAGAGAUAAUUUGGAAGAUUCUGAUAGAUCAUCAGUUUCGAGAACUAUGCGAAAAUCUCUCUGAACUCAGUUUAGAAUAUGUAAAUUAUUUUCGGUUCAGAUGUGCCAGAGUCGGAUAUAUCAUUGCGCUAAAACAAGGUUUAAACCGCCCAAGUGUGGUGCUAUCUAUGGGUACUUACUACUAUGCCGCCAAACACGAUCGAGUUUAUCCCUCUGCUUGCUCGCUGUGAUUACGGUCAAUUGAAUAAUGGGAAAUCAUGAGAAGCUUAUUCUGAUUCAAUUUACGGGCUCAAACAAAGAAUGGCGUCGUGACGAUAUGAUACUUACUGCCAACUCUUCGCGAAAGACUCUCUUCGCACAAAUUUCGAUUAGUCCGGUUUUUAUUAGUUUUUAAAAUUGAUCGCAGUUUUUAAAAACUGUUCCGUAUUCAUCAUAUCGG